UAUUGAAGGUGGAAGAAAACAGAGGUGGUAAUGAAGUGGACUUUUCAUCAGAUUACAAAAAGAAAAUAAUAGCCAAACAGCCCCUUCCUUCAGAUUAAAUAUUACUUACCACCUUAAUCAUCAUUUAAGGAAAUAUAAUCUUCUUCAAAUUUAUUUGCUCAACUUUCUUUAUCACUCUUUUUCUUCUUCAAAGAAACCCUGUAACUACUGUUUCUUGUGACAUUUCAACCACAAUCUUUUCUUCAAGAAUCAUUCUUCCUUGAGUUCUUGAUUGGGCUGUUUUUUUCUUUUAUUUAUUGUGUAUUUUUUUCUUUUUAUGCUUUAGAAAUGGAGAUUUGGAAGUGGGCUUUUUGUGGGAUUUUCUUGCAUGCUUUUUUUAUAUCAAAUCUUGGUGCUUUGAAGCUCGGCACCAACCAACGCACUGAGAGGAUUUCAGGUAGUGCUGGUGAUGUUUUGGAUGAUGAUCCUGUGGGAAGACUAAAAGUUUUUGUUUAUGAACUUCCAAGCAAAUACAAUAAGAAAAUUCUUCAAAAGGAUCAAAGAUGUCUCACCCACAUGUUUGCUGCUGAGAUCUUUAUGCAUCGGUUUGUGUUAUCUAGCGCUGUCCGGACUCUAAACCCUGAGGAAGCUGAUUGGUUUUAUACCCCUGUAUACACCACUUGUGACUUGACUCCAAAUGGCCUCCCUUUGCCUUUUAAAUCCCCUAGAAUGAUGAGAAGUGCAAUUCAGCUUAUUUCUUCAAACUGGCCUUAUUGGAAUCGGACCGAAGGAGCUGAUCACUUUUUUGUAGUGCCCCAUGACUUUGGAGCAUGCUUCCAUUAUCAAGAAGAGAAGGCUAUUGGAAGAGGAAUUCUUCCUUUGCUUCAACGUGCUACCUUAGUGCAAACUUUUGGACAGCGGAAUCAUGUUUGUUUGAAUGAGGGAUCAAUCACAAUUCCCCCAUAUGCCCCUCCACAGAAAAUGCAAGCCCACUUGAUUCCUGAGAAAACUCCUAGAUCUAUUUUUGUCUAUUUCCGAGGGUUGUUUUAUGACGUAGGAAAUGACCCAGAGGGUGGCUACUAUGCAAGAGGUGCACGAGCAGCAGUGUGGGAGAAUUUCAAGGACAAUCCGCUUUUUGACAUAUCCACAGAGCAUCCGUCUACAUACUAUGAAGACAUGCAAAGAGCUGUAUUCUGUUUAUGUCCACUUGGCUGGGCUCCAUGGAGUCCGAGAUUGGUGGAAGCCGUGAUAUUUGGUUGCAUUCCUGUUAUUAUAGCCGAUGACAUCGUUUUACCUUUUGCGGAUGCAAUUCCGUGGGAAGAAAUUGGGGUGUUUGUUGAUGAGAAAGACGUGCCCGACCUGGACACCAUUCUCACUUCAAUCCCACCUGAAGUAAUACUGAGGAAGCAGAGACUGCUCGCAAACCCUUCAAUGAAACAGGCAAUGCUGUUUCCGCAACCUGCUCAAGCAGGAGAUGCUUUCCAUCAAGUUCUGAAUGGACUUGCACGUAAAUUGCCACAUGAUCGCAGCGUUUUCUUAAAGCCGGGAGAGAAGAUCUUGAACUGGACAGCAGGUCCUGUCGGCGACCUGAAACCAUGGUAGCAGUCUUGACACAAAACUGCAAAUUUUAGCAUUCAUUCUCUUGAGCCUGCCAUUUGACAGAGUUUAUCAAAAAUGUAAAGUAAUUCUCGAAACUUGUCACCAUUUGUUGAAUUAUGCAUUGGUAUGAGCUCAUUAGCCAUUUACAGUUAGUGGCCUCAUGUAGUGUAUAAUAAUUUUGUACUUGCUUUAGUCUGAAAGCUUUGUCUCAGUAAUAUACUUAUAUUGAAGAAA